CUAUUUUGUACCUCGUCGAUGGUGUAAUUUAAAGAAUUUUGUUUGUUUUUAGGUUUGUUAACAAUAAUGAUACCGUAGUGAUGUUAAUCUAUUUUAAUAAAUUAUAGAAGUGUUAAAAGAUUGAUUUUUAUUCGUUAUUUAUUUAUUGAUUUUUUAUUUUCACGUAAUACCUAUUUUCUCCAAAGUAUGUAAUUUGUAUUGUAAUUUUAAUAAAUAAAUAUACAGAACAUUCUAACUCUUAUUAUAUUAUAAAAUACAUUUAAACAUAAGGAAUAGAAGGAAUCAUGCAUAAUCGUGAUCGAUUUGAGGUUGGUUUAGUAACUAACCUAUUCGUCGUAAUUGUCAUGUACAUAUAGGAACAUUGUAUUUAUAGAUGUAAAAACGAAAGAAAACUAGAUUCUUUUUAAACUUAUUCAGCAAUUGUUCAUUGUUAUUGUGUUACCAUGAAUGUACGAAUAUUUAAAAAAAUUCAAUUGGAUUUUAAAUGUAAUAGCAGUAUUUUUGUAAAACAUCCUCGUUCUAUUCAUUAUAUUUCCAAUGCUUCUCCCCUAAAUGUGUAUAAGAAUCAUUUUUUAAAUAGUAAACUAUUAAUGGGAUAUUUUUCAAAUAAGCGGAAUUUUUCAAAUACACAAAAUGCUGUUUUGCAUCAGCAACUCCAUCCAAAAGUAUUUCAAAGAUCGUUACUAUGUAACAAGGAUGUAGUACUAACUUCAAAAAUUCCUAGCAAUUGUUAUCCUACUGCUGUAAAUAGUAUUAGACAAUAUUCAAAUUCAGGACCCGCAGUUGUAAACGAAGCUAUUAAAUACAAUGGUGGCAUUUUCCAAAUGAUAUCUGAAAGUAUAUGUGUAGAAUGGGUCACCGAAGCUUUUAGAUACAUGCAUUAUCAAACAGGUUUACCAUGGUGGGCAAGUAUCAUACUUACCACAAUUAUUACAAGAACAUUUAUAAAUCUGCCAUUAAAUAUACUGGAUCUUCACAAUAGGGUAAAACAGGAAAACUUGGAAGGUGAAAUGAUGGAUAUUGCAGAGAAAGUAAAAAGGAAAGUGGAUAAGGAAGUAGUAUCGUCCCAAUUGAGUCCAGCACGUGCGAUUGUUUUAUAUACACGUGAGAUUUCUAACGAACAAAAAAGAUUAUAUAUAAGAGAGAAUUGUCAUCCAUUUAAAAGCGUUGCAAUUGUAUUAUUGCAAGCACCGAUAUGGAUAAGUUUCUCAGUUGCAGUAAGGAAUAUGUGUUAUGUAUUGCCUCAAAUAAAUCCUGCCACUGUAAAGGAUUUCCAAGAAUUGACUACUGGUGGUUUCGGAUGGAUACAAAAUCUUGUAGACAUAGAUCACUUUUUUAUAUUUCCUGUACUUUUUGGAUUGUCUCAUUUAGUUGCAAUGGAAGUAAAUUACGUAUUAUUUAAAAUAAAGGAUUCAAGAUUUAACAGAAUAUACAGGAAUUUCUGUAGAGGAGUCAUUGUUUGUUUCGUGCCUAUCAUGGCAUGCUUACCAUCGUGUUUAUCCUUGUUUUGGAUUACUAAUAAUUGCUAUGGACUGUUACAAAAUUUAGUACUCCUAUCUCCAAAAGUCCGUAAGCUACUCAGAAUACCUAAAACUGAUUCUGACUUUCGACAUCCAUAUCAAGAAUUACAUAAACGGUUAUUAGGCAAAUUUUCUUCAACGCGAUCCGUAGCAAAAGCAUAGAAAUAAGUGUCUAUUUUUUAAUUAGUGAUUAUAAAAUCAAUUCAUCCAACGAUUCGACUCAGUGCAAGUAAGUAAACGGAGGGGCGUACUCACAAUCUUCAGAUACUAUAAUUUUCUGGGCGUCGUCUGUGUCAUAAACUCGAGAAGUCGAAGCAAGUCCUAUAAUAUAACAAUGGCCCAUGGUGAGUAAAUCUCCUCUUGAAUUCAACAAUUGAUUAUCGUUCUUUAACCAAUAGCCGAAGUCCCUUAUAUUUAUCGCGUGCUUAGCACAAGAAUACUUUCUUUACUUCUACUAAUUUGAGUCGCUGCGUUGGACAUAUUGUGGAGACAAUGAUAUUCGGUGAAAAAGUUCGUAUCUAAAUGACUUAUUUUUUUUAAUUUAUUAUAAGAUAUAGUAUAUACAUAUAAAAUGCAUUUCACUAACGGAGAACGCAUUUUGUGGAAUGAACUAGCAGAUUCGAGAAGCGAAUUACGGAGAAAGUCAUGGUUUUUAUCAAACUCUAUACAUUUCUUCUCUGUAGCAUUCUCUGUAUCAACUUCUUCCGUGGAUUAGCAGUUGUACGUAUAUCGUCGCAAUAUUUAUAAAUACACAGAUUUGUUAUUAAUAUUUUAAUAACUGUUACUUAUAAAUUUUGUCAUUUUCUGAUAGAUUGUACUUCUGGUAAAUGUAACUGAUAGAAAUAGGAUAGAAAAUAAUAAUGCAUAUUAUAAUACGAUCGUUUUUAGGAGGAAACUCCAGUUGGUCCAGAUACCCAAGUUGGUCUACGUUCACAUGUGGAUGAUUGUUCAACAUCCUGUAUUGUUAACGAUUGUAAAAUGCAUUAUCCCGCCCCUUAUAUCUGUAUUACUCUCAGAGGACGUUCCUUUUUGAUGAAAAGGUGGCUAUAGAUAAUCCAUAUCAAACGAGGAUAUGUUUUCUUUUGACGAAGACAUACACAAGCUUAAAUGUGAAGAAAUUUAAUAAAGUGAAAUCGAAUAAACAAUAAUCAUAUUAUUACAACACAUAAAUACAAUAAUUAGAAUAAAUCAUGCGUAAUCGUUAUCAAAUUGAGAUUACAGUAAUAUUCCUGAUGAAAUGUAAUAAUUUUUAUUGUAAUAUCGAAGAUCGAAACUCCAUGGGAUGUAAAUUUUGGCGUUUAUAAGGGUCUAGAAUUGAAUAUCACAUGUGGUUUAAAAUAAAUUCUACGUCUUCACGUUAUUUUGGUAUUAUUUAUCCACAUAACAUAACAUAAUUAUCUAGCAUCUUAUCAUUAAUUAAGACGAAGAGAAGAAAGAAAUAUUAACAAUGGAAGAAAAAAGUAAUAAAAGACAAAGAAGUUGUCGAUGUGUCCAGGAUGUGAUGAGUUAUACGCAGAUCCUCUUUUAGAAAAUCAGAGAGUGGGAAACACGUGUUACUCAUAAUUUUGAAAAUUUUUUUAAAAAGCACCUCCUAGCCCAUGUCCAGCCCUUUUCUUCCUUGGUUUCUGCAUUGAUAAUGCUGAAAUAAUGGCUACACAAGCUUUCUUCUUACUCGAUAUCGCUAAACAAACACUAACUUGAAACCGAAUGUGUCGUCAAUAAAUAUUAAACGUGCAAGGGAAUACGGUUUGUCAAUAAAUAUUGCAUAUUGUCAAUAUUGUCAGUAUUUAUUGACAAACCGCGAUGAUGUUGAAAAAGUUGAAAUAUCCACAAUAUUAUCGAUCGUUUGAGGUCAUUCUUAGACUUUAGGCCGAAAGUCGUGGAAAACCGCG